UUUCAUUUUUCACUCUUGGUUUGAGCUGCAUUGUCUGGGGAAAAUGUAACAACAAAAGCAGGAAUUCUUUUUCAUAACAAAAUUUAGUGUGAUGAUGACUGACAGUGCUGCAGUAGGAUUAACAAAGAUUGCAGAGAAUUUGAUAAAUAACAGAACUUUCCCUGAAGACAUGUGACUGACAGUGACUGUGCUGAAUUUUCUUCCUCUUUCUCCCAAACGACGUUUUAUACUGUCGAAUACUGAGCAAAAAAAAGUAACUAUGUUUGGACUCUUUUUUUUCAUUUUAUUCACCCCUGGAGUCAGUGAAUUCAUUUGUACCUCAUCAGAUCUUGAUAUGUCAUAUACCUUUUGUGAUUCUAUAGCUCAUGCUUUCACGUUUAAUCUGACACCUUGCAGCACGAUGAACAAAUAUGACUGGAAGGCUGCUCUUACCUGGAUUCCAAGAAAUGAUAUCCACUUUUUGAAGAUUGUCUUCAAAGUCUGGUAUGAUGGGGCCAGAUCACUCACCUGGAAAGAACUCCUUUGCAGUGGAGCUGAUGAUAAAUACUCAGUGUGUGGAACACUGAAAGGAGAAACACUUGUAUCAGCAUUUGACAUUAAAGGCUCAAGAAUAAAUUUUCCAAAGGGCAAUUACAGUAUUAUUGUACAAGGAUUCUCUGAUGAUUCUGAGAAUAAUAUGCUCAUAUGCUUGAAUUUCACCAUGAUAGUAAAACAAGAUGCUUACUGAGCACAACAAACUUCUCAAAUAAUUCCAGAACAUGGAGGUCACUUCUGUGAGCAACUUGAAUCCAAGCUAUGAAGUAAUAUGCACACCGAAUUUCCUGAGGCAGAAUACAUCAUGUGCUGUCUGGGAAGCUGUAUGAUAUAUAGUCUUACUCAUUUGUAGCAUAGCCCUAAUCAGUUGCUCAGCCAAUGUGCUCAAAAUCUCUGGGAAUCCUGAGAUCCUGAUUAAUUCACAGAAUUACCCUGACUGGAUGUCAGGCUGGUCCUGCAUUUUGGUGCUGUGCCUUGAGUUACAAUAAAGUUGACUCCUUCAGGCUGAGCUAAAGUAAUCAAGAAGUUUUGAAGUUUUGAAGUGCAAAAAUCAGAAGUUCAGUAUUCAAUUUAAAAUGACACAGCAACUGAAUUUGGGAACCCUGCUGUGAGGUGGGGGGGUGUUUGGUUUGUUUGGUUUUUUUUUCUUGUAACAAUAAAACUUGUUUGUAC